AUGUUCAGCGAUGGCGACACGCUGAAAAAGAUCGCCAGCACUCGCAGUAAGUACACCAAGGGCGAGUGGUACGCAGUUGGGCGAACCACUCCGGGAGAGGAUCACUUGUUCUCGAUGCGCGAUGAGGAGAAGCGCAAGUAUUUGAAGAGCAAAAUGGGACCUGGUUAUUCGGGCUUGGAGAAUGGAGGGUUUGAAGCCGGUAUAGAUAAGAAUAUCGCGGCCUUCGUUGACCUCAUUGAUCGCAAGUACAUCUCCACCGCAAAGGACUUCAGACCAAUGGAUAUGGCCAGUAAAUCAACUUACUUUGCCCUUGAUGUCAUCAGCGAGCUUGGCUUCGGCACCCCAUACGGCUUCCUCAGAGAAGAUCGAGAUCUGUAUCAGUAUGUUGCCACGAAAGACGCCUUCUUUCCGGUCAUGAUCACUAUAGGAAACGUGCCGUGGUUGGCUACGCUUCUGCACAGUUGGCCUCUCAAUCUGGGGCUGCCAAAGUCUGGAGAUUCAGCUGGAUUUGGGGCGCUUAUGGGUUUUGCCAAAACCUUUGUUGAUGGGCGACUGGCUCCGGAUACGAAGCCCGGCCGGGACAUGAUUCAGUCAUUUAUCAAUGCUGGUCUGACGAGAGAAGAGCUUACGCAGGAAGUUUACGUUGAAACGUGA